AUGGCAAACCCAGGUCAAAACAGGCCGUUUGGCAAUUUCAACCCCUUCGCUAAUGACAGACUGAACAACAAUCCACCAAUACCUCCUCAGCCUGAGCAGGCCCCAACUUACGGGCCGAAUCCAUUCAACCGAGCAAACAGGGCAAACAGAGCAAACAGACCAGCGGGGAUCAACCCCCCCUUUGUCUUCAACCAACAGCCCCGAGAGCCACGCUGGAACCUGCGAAGGGACGGGCAGUGGGGCCUGAACAUCAACGUACAGCGCCGGCCAAACAGGGCCACCGCCUACGAAGCGGACCAGGACCAGCACAGCCAGCGCCACCGGCACAACCAGUACCACCGGCACCACCGGUGCCGCGAGGACCUGGCGUCGUCCCCUCCAACCGGGAACGGUGCGGUUCCUCCACCCCCGGCGGCCCCAGCACCAGCGGGCAGGGAGCAGCCGGGCCAGAACCAAGGAGCAGAGCGUCCCGUGAUCCUCCUCGGCCGGAACGGCAACGCAGGCACAGCGCGCGAGCUGAACGUGCCGCCGCUGAUCGCGAUCUACAACCUAGGAGGAGACCUCCUCGGCUACGUGCGCUCCGUGGUCGCCGCGGUCGCGGGCUUCAUCAACGCCGUCGUGCUGGCGGUGGUCGAGGUGGCCGGGCCCCUGGUGCAGUUGGCCACGCGGUGGGCCAUCUUCCUCUUCCUCGCCGCGCUUGCCGUUUGGACUAGCCUCCCCACCGUCCUGCGCGCCUUGGCCGUGCACAGGGCCUUCGCGGUGUUCCUCGUGGCGCUGCUGGAGGUGCUGGCCUGGGCGUUCGACGUGAGCAUUAAAUGGCCGCGGGCCGCCCUGGUCAGCUACACGCUGCGUCCAGAGUACAUGAGUAGAGCCGUAACCGGAAUGGCCUUCCUUGAGCCGGGGCAAUCUGGGCCUUGGGAGCAGCGUUAG